CCUCAGCCCAACAUGGCGAUGCACAACAAGGCGGCCCCGCCGCAGAUCCCGGACACCCGGCGGGAGUUGGCAGAGCUCGUGAAGCGGAAGCAAGAGCUGGCGGAAACACUGGCAAACUUGGAGAGACAGAUCUAUGCUUUUGAAGGAAGCUACCUGGAAGACACUCAGAUGUAUGGCAACAUGAUUCGUGGCUGGGAUCGGUAUCUGACCAACCAAAAAAACUCCAAUAGCAAAAACGAUAGAAGGAACCGGAAGUUUAAGGAAGCAGAGCGGCUCUUCAGUAAAUCUUCAGUUACUUCAGCAGCUGCAGUAAGUGCAUUGGCAGGAGUUCAGGACCAGCUCAUUGAAAAGAGGGAGCCAGGAAGUGGGACGGAAAGUGAUACUUCUCCAGACUUCCACAAUCAGGAAAACGAGCCCAGCCAGGAGGACCCUGAGGAUCUGGAUGGAUCUGUGCAGGGAGUGAAACCUCAGAAGGCUGCUUCUUCUACUUCCUCAGGGAGUCAUCACAGCAGCCAUAAAAAACGAAAGAAUAAAAACCGGCACAGGAUUGAUCUGAAGUUAAACAAAAAACCACGAGCUGACUAUCAGAAGACUCAUUAGUGCAGAAGCGUCCAGGCUACAGAACCCUGCUUCCCUCCUCCGACCUCACAAAGAUAAACAUCCCUCACCUGACUACGUGGCCAUCCACCUCUGCUUUCCCAGACCCAGUGCCUGUGACUCUGAGUAGUUUGUUCUGAAAUGUGGUGACAAACAAGUCAUUUCUGUAAGACCACAUCGGAUCAUUUACUUUGUGUCAUUUUUUAGUAACAGAACUGCAGGAAGACCCAAGACAUGGUUAUAGUCCCAGCAAGUUGCUAACUGCAUUUCUCCCUUCUCGGAAUGAAUCUCUCCCCCCAAACUGGCUGGCACCAGCUUCAUCUGUGAUGUGCAUCAAGAAAUGU